AUGAGGCUGCUCACCCACAACCUGGUGAGCUCGCACGUGCGGCGGGUGGUGCCCCGUGGCUUCCCCCUGCGUCUCCAGGCCACGGAGGUCCGCAGCAACCCUGUGGAGUUCAACCCCGACUUCAUAGCUCGUAUGAUACCCAAAGUGGAGUGGGCGGCGCUUCUGGAGGCUGUGGACACACUGCAUCUUGUCGAGGUGCCUAAAGAGCCGAUUCAGGGAUAUGAGCAUAAGGAGGAAUUUCUGAGAAAGAUGCACCACGUGCUGCUAGAGGUGGAGGUCUUGGAGGGCACCCUGCAAUGCCUAGAGUCAGGACGUCUGUUCCCCAUUAGCCGUGGGAUCCCCAAUAUGCUGUUGAGUGAUGAGGAAACUGAGACAUAA